AUGAGAGAAAUUCUUACGCUUCAGUUCGGUCAGUGCGGUAACCAGGUCGGCGUUGCUUUCUGGGAGAAGAUCAUCCAGGAGCACGGCAUCACCCCCGAGGGUCUGUACACCGGCAACAACCCGCAGCAGAUCGAGCGCGCUAAUGUCUACUUCACAGAGGCCCAGGGCGGCCGCUAUGUUCCUCGCGUGAUUGCCUGCGAUCUGGAGCCUGGAGUUCUCGACACGAUCAGACAGAGCAAGUACGGCGGUCUGUUCCGUCCCGACAGCAUGAUCAACGCUGCCAGCGGUGCCGGCAACAACUGGGCCAAGGGCUUCUACACAGAGGGUGCUGAGCUCCUGGACCAGGUCCUGGACACCAUCCGCCAGGACGUCGAGCGGUGCGAUCUGCUCUCGGGCUUCCAGCUCUGCCACUCCAUUGCUGGCGGAACCGGUUCCGGCAUGGGUUCGCUUAUGCUCCAGAAGGUCCGCGAGGAGUACCCCGACCGCAUGAUGUCGACGUUCACCGUCGUCCCCGCCGCCAGCUCGUCGGACGCCGUUGUUGAGCCGUACAACUCGGUGCUCUCGAUCCACCACCUGAUUGAGAACUCGGACAUGACCUUCUGCCUUGACAACCAGGCUCUGGGCAACAUCUGCCUUAACGUCAUGAAGAAGCCGCUGCCUACCCUGGGCGACCUCAACAGCCUCGUCGCCAACGUCAUGUCGGGCGUCACGACCUCGCUGCGCUUCCCUGGUCAGCUCAACGCCGAUCUGCGCAAGCUUGCUGUCAACAUGGUGCCGUUCCCGCGCCUGCACUUCCUGAUGUCCGGCUUUGCUCCUCUGACCUCCACCCAGGUCCAGAGCUACCGCCACGUCACCGUCCCCGACCUGUGCCAGCAGAUCUACAGCACCAACAACAUGAUGGUUGACGUCGACCCGCGCCACGGCCGCUACCUCACCUGCGCUGCCAUGUUCCGCGGUAAGGUCUCGGUCAAGGAGUGCGAGGACACCAUCUGGAACUACGCCGAGAAGAACGCCAGCUCGUUCGUCGAGUGGAUCCCGAACUCGACCCAGAUCGCUGUGUGCGACAUUCCGGCCAUUGACAGCAAGCUGUCGGCCACCUUCCUCGGCAACAACACUGCCAUCCAGGAGACCUUCAACCGCGUUGGUGAGCAGUUCAGCAAGCUGUUCAGGCGCAAGGCCUUCCUGCACUGGUUCACCGAUGAGGGCAUGGACGAGAUGGAGUUCACUGAGGCCGAGAGCAACCUGAACGACCUGAUCAACGAGUACCAGCAGUACCAGGAGGCCGGCGUCGAGGAGGAGUACGGCUACGAGGACGACGAGCCCAUGUACGGCGACCAGCCCGCGGAUGAGGUGAUGGCUGAGCACCCCGUGGAGGGCGAUGAUUACUAA